UGUAACUUGGCGCACUGACCACAGCACACCUCCUCUCCUGGAUUUUUAUGACGCACGCCUGUCAGACUGAGGAGUUUAGGCCGUUUCCGAUGUGGAUUUAUUGCGGGAAAAGGUUCUAAUCAAACCUGCAUGUUUGAAAAGACCUUUAAUCCAUCUCUGUGCGCCCAAGGACUGGUUUACAGCAAUGCGGUGAAUGAAGCCGCGCGUAAAGCUACCGCCUCCAGCCUGUCAAAAAUGGUUUUGUUGGGACGUUUCGCGCACGAAAAUCACGAACCUUCGCACUGUAGUGUUUAGUAGCGUUUUGGCACACGUGUUUCCGGCUGAGGACGAUGAGCGUUGAGCUGUUGUUCAGGAGGCUUUGACCCUCCGCUGGAUGAGAUGUGACCAUGGUCUUUACGCACCGGCUCGCUCUGCUGCUGCUCGGCUUCAGCUUCACCCACACGAUUAAUGGGAUGUUUCCAAACUGCCAGUUUGACUGGGAGAUGCAGAGAGCCAGGAGAGAGUGUCAGACACAGCUGCAGCAACAGACGCCAACUAGCACAGGGUGUCACGGCGAAUGGGACAACGUGUCCUGUUGGCGAAACACUGGGGUCGGUGAGGUGCUGACCCUCCCCUGCCCCUCACCACUCUUGCGCCUGUUUGGAAAAAAUGGUGAGCCUCAACACACACAUGAUGUAACCUCAGCAGGCACCGCACGGAGCCCCAUCAUCACUGUCGCCUGCUGGUCAAACAACAAAGACGAACCCACCAAGCUGGUUUUCUACAGGGUGGUGAGGAUUCUGUCCACUCUGGGCCACAGCCUGUCCCUCAUCGCUCUGCUCACCAGCGCCGUCGUCAUUUGUUUGUUCAGGAGGCUCCACUGCACGAGGAACUAUAUCCAUCUGAACUUGUUUGUGUCGUUCAUGCUGCGAGCCGUGGCCGUGCUGACCAAAGACACUCUGCUCUUCUCAGACGACGAGACCAUAGACUGCAGCACACAGCCCUCGCUGGUGGGCUGUAAGGCCAGCCUGGUGUUCUUUAACUACUUCAUCAUGGCCAACUUCUUCUGGCUGCUGGUGGAGGGGCUCUACCUGCACACGCUGCUGCUCAUCAUCCACACCUACUGCACCUGCCUCUCGGUCUACCUGCUCAUCGGCUGGGGAAUCCCCUUUGUUUUCAUGGUGGCGUGGAUCAUAUGUCGGAUAAACCUGGAAGACACGAGUUGCUGGGAGAUGAAUGAAAACCCCGUCCCCGACAGACUGAUCAACUGGCCCAUCAUGGCGUCUGUCAUUAUCAACUUCAUCCUGUUCGUCAGCAUCAUUCGUAUUCUGGUGCAGAAACUGCGCUGCACUGAUGUUGGCGGAAAUGAGAAUGCACAAUACAGGCGUCUGGCGAAGUCCACCCUCCUGUUGAUCCCUCUGUUUGGGGUGAACUACAUGGUGUUCGUUUACCUGGUGGAGCCGGCUGAUAGAAACAUGGUGCAAAUUAAAAUCUUCUUUGAACUCGGUCUUGGAUCCUUCCAGGGUCUAAUUGUGGCUGUACUCUACUGUUUCCUCAACAGCGAGGUUCAGGGUGAGCUGAGGAGGACGUGGAGGAGUUUAUCACUCAAGCCUUAUGUGAGGCGGGAUUACAAGCUCCAUGCUGUGUCGGUGAGCCAAAAUGGCACCAAAAACGCUGCCCAGUUUCCCAGGGACUCCCAAGCCCUGUCUAUCUUGCAGACUGAGACCAAUGUGCUCUGACCGGGGACAGAGAGAGUCUGGUUUUUUAAAAACUUUUCUAUUCAAAUGGAUGCAGAUGUUGUUUGUCACUGCAGCAACUGAACCUGUAAUGUCCAGAGGUUUCUGAGGUGAAGGACCUUUUUAUCUGACUCUAUAUGUCUCUUGGACUUUUAUAAUAUACGAGUCCAUAUUCAGAAUUCAACAGUACCUGCUGGAAUCCUGCAGAAGAGAAACAUGUAUCAACAGAGUUUUUAUUCUCCCUUUCAGACUAUUUUAUAUGAUCUUAAACAUUCUAAUAAAUAUAGAGCUGGUAAAAAACAGCCAAACAAACAAACCUAUAUCCAAUAUCUCAGUCACUUUUACAUAUUUUUGGGACACAGCUGAAUAAACAACCAUGUGUGACUCUGAUAACUAGUCGUUAUCUUUGGCUUUGUUUCCUCAAAGAGCUUUGACAAAAUUAAAGUGCUACUCACAUCUUAUAUCACAAGUCACAUUUAUUCACAUAUUGUUGGCCUAUCGGAACACGCCUGGUCUUCAAACCAAACUAGCUGCAUAAGCUAACUGUUUAGUGCAGCCAGUCAUUAAAUAUCAGCAUCCAGUGUUCACAUUUUGUACCAAAACCAUCUUGAACUUGCAUCAGAGUGUCUUCCUCAGUGUGUGUCUACUGCUUCAGCUUAUAACACAACUUUUCAUACUGCAACCAGCUGUCUCUUGGGAGAAGACGACCUCCACACAAUGAGGGCUUUCCCAUUCGCUGUACUAUGUAACAGCAUGUUUUCCUUUGGCCACUAGAGGUCACCAAAUCAACACAUCUGAAACUGGGAGGGGGAGGUGGCCAUGCUUAUGAGUUUGAUAAUGACAGAUAUUAGUCAUUGAAUGGUGUUUCAUCACUAGAAUAAAAUGAGCGAGUGUCUGGCUCUGACCUCUCAGUUUCAUAAAUGGGAUACCACAGGAUUUUUUUUACAGUACGUUUGAAUCAUUUUAGUGGCAUGAACAGGUAAAAUGAUGCAGCAGUUGGCAGGAAAAAAAGCAAAGCGAAAAGUAACAAGUUUUUCUGCUUUUCUCUAGUUGAUUUUCUCACAGACUCUCAGAUUUAUCCUAUGAUCUCAUGUUUUCUUGUGUUGUAAUUGGUGCCAAAUUUAGACUGCAUGUGGAUCUCUGGAGGGCAAAACGCUUUACAGGUUCUGCACCUUUGAAUUGUAAAAACAUGUUAUUCAAAAGCAUCUGAAACUGUUCUGCCAUGAAGGGACAGAAAAGUGAUUAAAACUCUUCUAAACAUCACUCAAUAAUGGCAACGUUACAGGAAUGAACAGCUGUAAACAUGCAACUCAAAUGUUUUUAUGUACAAAGGUUUUUCCCCACAAACCUGGAUGUAUAUGCUGC